AUGUGCAUGUCUGCUUAUUCUGGUAGAUUUUGUGAGGAGGAAGUUCCUGGCAAUGAACACACCCAUGAGGAUCUACUAAUCAGCCCUCAGUCCUCAUCCAUUGGCUCCCUGGAUGAGGGGGUGACAGAGGGUCUCCAAUCCAUGCAGGGCACUCCGAACACUACUGGUCACAUGGAGGAGGAUGAGAGGCUGGAGAACGUCCAGUACCCAUACCACCUGUACAUUAGCCCCUCCACUCGCCCAGGACUCAACGGUCCUGAACGGCCCUUCCAGUGCCCUACAUGUGGCGUCCGCUUCACUCGAAUACAGAAUCUCAAGCAGCACAUGCUCAUCCACUCUGGUAUUAAGCCAUUCCAGUGUGACCGCUGCGGGAAAAAGUUUACGCGGGCUUACUCCCUGAAGAUGCACCGGCUGAAGCACGAAGGUAAACGCUGUUUCCGGUGCCAGAUCUGUAGCGCCACUUUCACUUCCUUCGGUGAAUAUAAGCAUCACAUGAGGGUGUCUCGCCACAUCAUCCGCAAGCCUCGGAUUUACGAGUGCAAAACGUGCGGCGCCAUGUUUACCAACUCCGGCAAUUUAAUCGUACACCUGAGGAGUCUCAACCAUGAGGCGUCAGAACUAGCAAACUACUUCCAGAACAGUGAGUUCCUCCUCCCAGACUACCUGAGUCACAUGCAAGAGGAAGAGGGGCUGGGACACUUUGAGAUGAGUGAGCAGACCUUUGAAGCUUCUUCCUCCUCUUCCUCAGUCCAAACAACAGUUAUCUCUCAAGUUUCCUCUACCAUGAACUAUGACAACCACACUUCUGCACCUCCUUCCCAAACCCCAAACCCCAGGUCAGGGCACGGAGGAGAGGCCGCACAAGUGGACCAUCCGAAGUCCACUGCUGCUGUGACCUCUCUGCAAGACCCAGAGGAAGACGAGGGAGAGAAGGACAGAGGUGGAAGAAAGAAGAAGAAAAGACUAGUGUCAAUUACAGUUGAGUGAAAACGUUCCAUACCUGUAAACAUGUAUAAUAACAGUCAAUGUCCUGUUGCACACGCUAUACUUCUGUUGUUGACGGCCUAUUAUACUCUCAGAAAAAAGGUACAAAAGCUGCCAUUGGGGCGGUACCUUUGAAAAAGGUACACCUUUGUACUUUAUUUACCUGUAAAGUGUGCAUAUUAAUAUCUUAAAAGUAUUAGUACCUAAAAUGUAUAUAUUAGUACUACAGAUGCACUGAUCAAUGGGCCAGGGACCGGAAUUAGACGAUUUUCCGCAUGAUCAGCCCAGACCGGUGACCGGCUGGUCAGUCUCACGUCGUGCCGAUUCUGAGCAGUCCAUUUUGAUGUCACAGCUACGCUCAUGCGACUCACAUCCGCGUGUAAACAUGGAAGUUCUUCACUGUGAGUGAAGAAGACACAAAGUUCGCAAUUUGUUAUACGUAUAAGGCCAGA